AUGCCAACCAGAAAGAGGUUAUUCCCACAUCGUCAGCCACAAUUGAGGCGCGGUCGUCGUAUACCUAUAGCCCCGGUCGACAGUACCUUGGUUCUCGCAUUCCAGGCCCAUCUCAUUUUGGCAUUUGCGCUCCUCUUCUAUCAAAAAUACGAGUCAAACCAACAUUACCUAUUCGUAUUACUCGUAUACGAAAAACCGACCGCGUCCUGCCAUUCAUCAUUCAUGUGCUGUUCAUCAUCCUCUGUUUGUUUGGGUAUGUACUCGCCCCUUCCAAUCUCACCUUGCCCAUAUUCAAUGUCUCUCACCUCCGAAACUCAGUUUCGGCUGUGA